CAUCCAAAUGAAUGUAGAUUUUUUGACAUCAACCACUUUUCCACUCUUAUCUCUAAUUUUGAAUGUGUUGCGACUGUUACAAUCCUUGGAGUCCUUAACGUGCAGCUCUGACGAAAUGUUCAUGUUGAUUUCUUCUAUAUCGAACACAUCCACGCCCGUUUCUUGUUCGAAAUGUUCAGGCACAGCAACGAAUUCAAAGUUGGCAUUGUCGCCGCGCUUGGUUUUCGGUUCCCUGAUAUAAAUGCUUUCUGAAAAGUCAGGUUUAUCCAGCUCGAAGAUUUUCAGCAAACGAACUGCCUCAGCUUGACUUUUUUCAACAAUUUCUAUAAUUGUUGCAUCCGACGGAAGUCCUCGUUCUGGUUGCUGCUCGUCGAUAGUUCUCAGCUGCGGAAAUAUAAAAUCGUCUUUUCUGCUGUGCAUAAUCCCAAUCCUUGCCUCGAUUCGGUUUAGACGUGAUUCAAAUGUCUGCAUGUUGAAAUUUACGACAGUUGACUCAGUCGAGGUAAAAGAUCGGGCUGCUCGGAAAAAGGACUCGCAGGUUUGGCUUUGCAGCAAGGUUAUAUCAAACUCGUAGUUUUUCUCUCUGCACAACACGGUGAAGUUGAUAAGGGCGUGGGCAUUGAUUUCGAUCCCCCAGUAACAGUUCGUGGUGAUACAAUUUUCAACCGUUUUUCGCUUUGUAAUUGAUGAAUUUCUCCAUGCUCUAAAGAAAAACAAACAGGUCCUGUAACCAAAACAGAUAAUGUUAUUGAUUUUGAAGAAUUUAAAUGUUAACUGAACAUACCAAGCGUUGAAUAUUCUUUGCUCAGGGGACAAGUCAGCGUCCAUGAAUGCCGAUUGGCGCCCAAACGUCAAACUCUGAGAUACCUACAGCGCCUCCAUAUUUCAUAACUGGAACUAAACGAAGAAUGACUUGAGCUUGUUUUGUUUACGCGUGUCAAACGUUUUUUGGAGUUCUGUUAACAAUAUAUAUUAAAAAACUGCAAUUAUUGAAGAAAAAAUGGAUUCGUCAGAUUUCGGAGCGGAGCAUUCGACCGAGGAUUUUGGUGUGUCCCUGGCAGAUAUUAUUGACUACAUCGGUGAGGCAUCUCGGCCGCUCAAGGAAGGAAGUGCCGUGUUUGAUGCCAACCAUGUGCGGAGUAUAGGUUACACGAUCAAUCGGCUAGGUCGGAGGGAAGUUGUUGCUCGAGUGACCAGAAGCUCUAAUCCCAGGGAGAAACCGCAUGAGGUUGUGUUGAAGCUCGGAACGGAUAUAUCCGGUUGGGUACUUAAAUGUUCCUGCAGGGCAGGAACGCAGAAAUGCAAACAUGUAAUUGCAUGCCUUUUGCACUUAGAAAAGGACCCCAUGCUGGAGUACAUGUCUUGUACUGACAUUAAACAAGCGUGGGGAACAACUAAAAGCGAGAAACGGGCAGAAUGGGACGCCAAGCGCGUUUCAGAUAUGUGCUGUGUUCCCAAACAAAAACCGUUGAAUACCAGUGAUGUUGAAACCCUCGAAGACAUUUUGAAAACAAGUUUCUCACGAAUUUUAAAUGUGUCAAAAAACUCUGCCAUAUUUAAGCAUACUUCUGGUAGAUACUUAAAUAUUCCAAAAAUUUAUCCGAAUCGUGCCAUGCAAGGAGUGAUAAGUGAUUGCCUAACAAUGGAAGAACUCGAAAGUUACCUAACCAAACCUUCAUCCGUCGUGCUCAACGUUGCCUAUUCGAUACUGCAAGUUGAGGAAGAAUAUUACAACAGGAAUAUUCGGUUGAGCUUGCCACGAGUCAUAGAAUUAGCAGUUGAAACACAAGAGCAAAAUACCAAUUUGUGGAAAAUCCUUCGUUCUAAGAGAAUCACCGCGAGUUCCGCUUACAAUUUAUUCACAUAUUUGAGCAACAAAAAUCCUGAUUGGGAGAAAAAGAUUUCUCAGUACUGGGAAGUCAAAGCUCUUAAGGUGGCCGCUACGAAACAUGGAAAAGAUACCGAACCGUUGGUGUUUGCAUGUUAUCGGCGCGAGAACCCUAAUGUGAAAAAAUGUGGACUUGUAAUUCACCCGACUGAGGGUUGGAUUGCUGGUUCGCCGGAUGGGUUUGAUCCAUCCUCUGGCAUUAUAUUAGAGAUUAAAUGUCCCAUGAAUAAGGAAGCGACACUUGUCGAAAUUCUUACAUCAAAAACCGUUAACAGUUACAUUAAAAAGUGCCCAAAUAGUGAAAACUUUGAGUUGAAUAGGCUCAUGUAUAUUAUUGUCAGGUACAAAUUAAUAUGUACAUUCUAAAUUGUAUUAUCAGUCACUUUAUUAUAUAUUCUGCCAAAGAUGAUAAAUUUCAGUUGCUAGAAGUACCAUUUGAUAAAGAAUUUGUAUCGGUAGUAGUGAGUGGACUCAAAAAAUUAUGUUUCGAGAAAAUGCUCAAAAAAUUAACAAACGGUAAUACGUAAUAAUGUUAGCUGUUUUUUUUAUCAAUGAAAUCUGAAAACAAUAAAAUACCCAAAACUAUAUUUUUUUGUUUUUCUUUUUUAGAAUUUUUAAAAUAGUGCA